ACAACUCCUUAGGGAUGCAAGCUUAUGCCCCGCGGGAACCUGUCCUGUCGUAGGGGACCGUGGGAUGUAUAGCUGGCGCACCCGGCUAGAGCGGCGAAGGAGCGAAGCAACCACGUCCGUCUCGGCGGUUCACAGAACAAUGGUUGGUAACAACGACAAUCAGGAUGGGAGAAGCAAUGACAUUCGGGAACUUACAAGAAUUAUUCAGCAGUCCCCGAAGGAUCAAAUCCCGAAGAUUGAUGUUCCAUGGUUUGAUGGUAACAACGCCUCGGGAUGGGCAGAAAAGUUUGAGCAAUUGGGAAAUUGCGGCGAAUGGUCGAAUGAAAAGAUGCUGCGAAUGGUGAAGAGGUACUGCAAGAUCCAGUAUAAGGAAGAGGUGGAGGAGUUGGUACAAGCUUCGCUGAACUGGGCAGAAUUCAAAAGGAAGCUGCUAGAAAAGUACCAGCUGAGCGAUCAACUGUUGGACCUGAUUGAUUUGAGGAAGGUUAGUCGGAAAAGCUUUGGUACAACAAAGCAGUUCCUUACUGAAUUCGGGCGGGUGGCGAAAUUAGUUCCUGACCUUAUAGAUAAAGAUCGUUGCCUCAUCUUCCUGAAUAAUUACACAGAGGUGGAACAACUAAAGUUGGUAAAAGGCAUGAAAGAAAGGUUCGCAGCGAGGGUGGAACACUUGCGGACGUUAAUACGCAAGAAUCAGGUCUGGGAGUGGGGACCGAAGCAGCAGGCAGCCGUUGAGGAUAUUAAAGCUGAGUUUCGAGAAGGCGGCCUGAUUCUGAGAGUUCCUUGCUUUGAUGAUGCUGAAGGCCGUCCUUUCAUCAUCGAGACCGAUGCAGGUCCUACCGCUUUGGGAGGAGUUUUGGUCCAAAAGGAUGGGGAAGGACGGGAACGACCUUUGAGAUUCGAAAGCAGAACUCUGAAUAUUACUGAGCGGAACUACUCCCAGUUCAAUAAGGAAACUCUUGCUGUGCUUUACUGUCUUCGUAUUUUCAGGAAUUAUGUAUUUGGCAGGCGGUUCAUUCUGCGAGUUCAUCCUACGGCUCUGGCUCAAUCGUUGAAGAACUAUUCUCCUUCUGAUCCGACCAUUGCUCGAUGGCUGACGUAUAUUUGGAUGUUCAAUUUUGAGAUUGAGCGCAUUUUAGACACUCAGAAUCGAGCAGAUGGGUUGAGUCGUGUUGAUUGGGACUCAUCGACGGAUCAGGCUGAGGAUUCAGUCCCUGUGGAUGGAUUCCUAGAAGGAGAAGAGUCACAGUUGAGUAUUAACUCAUACAAUUAUUUGGCGGAUGGAAUCUGACUAUGUUCGUUGAUGGUUGUGCCAUUCGCGAGCGUACUGGGCAUGUUUUAGC